GGCCGGCGGCAGUGCGUCAGUGGAUGUUGGGGCGUGGUGGAGGUAGGAGCGCUUUCGUCCCAACAAGGGAGCAGAUCCGCAGACAGGCCGUGCCCCGGGCAGAUCCACGACAGUGCUCGUGAUCUGCUGUGCUUUGGUCGCUAUGGCAACCUGCUUAAGUAUCGACCCUCCAGACAUUGAGGCGCUUCUGGCCCUCAACCCUCGUAUCAAGCCGUACGCCAGCCUGGUACCCUCGGCCCAGACCAAGAAGAACAAGAAGCAAUGGAAGCGCAACACUGACAAGAAGUGCGGGACAUGCGGCCCGGACCUCACCAACGACUUUGAGGACAUCAAGCACACGACACUGAGCGAGCGCGCUGCCCUGCGGGAGGCAGAACGGUGCCUCAAGUGUGCAGAUGCGCCGUGCCAGAAGUCCUGCCCCACCCAGCUGGACGUCAAGAGCUUCAUCACCAGCAUCAGCAACAAGAACUUCUACGGCUCGGCGCGUCAGAUCCUGUCGGACAAUCCACUGGGGCUGACCUGCGGCAUGGUGUGCCCGACCUCUGACCUGUGCGUCGGUGGCUGUAACCUGUACGCCACCGAGGAGGGUCCCAUCAACAUCGGUGGUCUGCAGCAGUUCGCCGUCGAGGUGUUCAAGCAGAUGCAGCUGAGGCAAGUGCUGUCGCCGGAGGUGCUGCCGCCUGGCGAACGUCCCGAGAGUUUCUCGGCGCGCGUGGCGCUGCUCGGCUGCGGCCCAGCCUCCAUCAGCUGCGCCACCUUUCUGGGGCGUCUCGGCUACACAGACAUCACUAUCUUCGAGAAGGAGCAGUACAUCGGUGGCCUGAGCUCGUCUGAGAUCCCUCAAUACCGGCUGCCCUAUGACGUGGUCAGCUUCGAGAUCGACCUGAUGAAGGACCUCGGCGUCAAAAUCGUGACCGGACGCUCGUUUAGUCAGCAGGAUCUCACUCUGAAGAGUCUGAAGGCGGACGGCUACGAGGCCGUUUUCCUAGGCAUUGGACUGCCACAGCCGAAGAAGAUCGCUAUCUUCGAGAACCUGACGGAGGAGAUGGGCUUCUACACCUCGAAGGACUUCCUACCUCGGGUGGCUGCCGCCAGCAAACCAGGGAUGUGUAGCUGCAAGUCGCAGCUGCCGCAACUCUCGGGUAACGUGGUGGUGCUGGGCGCCGGCGACACCGCCUUCGACUGUGCGACAUCGGCGCUGCGUUGCGGCGCCAGGCGCGUCUUCGUCGUCUUCCGCAAAGGCUUCACCAACAUCAGGGCCGUGCCGGAGGAGGUGGAGCUGGCACGCGAGGAGCGGUGCGAGUUCGUGCCGUUCAUGGAGCCGCUACAGGUGGUGUUGCGCGACGGCCGGAUCGCGGCGGCCGAGUUUUGUCGCGCAGAGCAGGAUGAGACGGGCCGCUGGCUGGCCGAUCCCGACCAGGUGAACCGUAUCAAGUGCGACUACAUUAUCUCAGCCUUUGGCAGCGGCCUGACCGACGACAGUGUGCUGGCGGCCAUGGCGCCACUGAAGCUGACCAGCUGGGGCCUGCCGGAGGUGGACACCGUCACCAUGGGUACCAGUGAGGAGGGGGUGUUCGCCGGCGGCGACCUGGCCGGCGUCGCCGAGACCACCGUCGAGUCCGUCAAUGAUGGCAAGACGGCCGCCUGGAGCAUCCAUAAGUACCUGCAGUCUCUGCACGGCAUCCCGAUUCCCGCCGAGCCGCGGCUGCCCAAGUUCUACACGGACGUGGAUUCUGUGGACCUGAGUGUGGACAUCUGUGGCCUGCGCUUCCCGAAUCCGUUCGGUCUGGCGUCGGCACCGCCCACCACCUCAGCGCCCAUGAUAAGGCGCGCCUACCAGGCUGGCUGGGGCUUCAACGUCACCAAGACGUUCUCCCUCGACAAGGACCUGGUGACGAACGUGUCGCCGCGGAUCGUGCGCGGCACCACGUCGGGACACACGUUCGGGCCGGGCCAGAGCUCCUUCCUCAACAUCGAGCUCAUCUCUGAGAAGACAUGCGAGUACUGGUGCCGCAGCAUCACCGAGCUGAAGCACGACUUCCCCGACCAGAUCCUGAUCGCCAGCAUUAUGUGCGGCUACAGUGAGGAGGACUGGACGAAGCUGGCCAAGAUGGCCGAGGCGGCGGGCGCCGACGCGCUGGAGCUGAACCUCUCCUGCCCCCACGGCAUGGGGGAGCGGGGCAUGGGGCUGGCCUGCGGGCAGGACACGGAGCUGGUGCGUGGCAUCUGCCAGUGGGUUCGGGCUGCUGUCAAGAUCCCCUUCUUCGCCAAGCUCACUCCCAAUGUGACCAACAUCGUUGACAUCGCGAAGGCUGCAAAAGAAGGUCAGGCCGACGGCGUGACGGCCACCAACACCGUGUCCGGCCUGAUGAUGCUCAAGUCGAACGCGGUGGCGUGGCCAGCGGUCGGCCACGAGACCAAGACCACGUACGGCGGCGUCUCGGGCAACGCCAUACGACCGAUCGCGCUGCGCGCCGUGUCGGCCAUCGCGCGCGCCCUGCCCGGCUUCCCGAUCCUGGCCACCGGCGGCAUUAACUCGGCCGAGGCCGGCCUGCAGUUCCUGCACGCCGGGGCUUCGGCGCUGCAGGUGUGCAGUGCCGUGCAGAACCAGGACUUCACGCUGAUCGACGACUUCUGCUCGGGCCUGCGGGCGCUGCUCUACCUGCAGACAAUGCCCAACACAGACGACUGGGACGGUCAGAGUCCGCCCACGCCCAGACACCAGCUCGGCAAGCCGGUGCCCGGCAUCAAGCAGAUCAUAGGCAAGGAUCUGGCUAACUUCGGGCCGUACAAGGAGGAGCGUGACCGGGUGCUGGCGGAGCAGCACAAGGCCGCUGACCUGCUGGCGCGGCAACCGCCAGCCCGGCAGGUGGUGAAGCCGACCAUGUCCGUGCCGUCGGUGGCAGAUACCAUCGGGCGCGCUCUGCCCAUGAUUGGCGCCUACAACGAGCUCUCCAACCAGGAGCACAAGGUGGCGCUCAUCGACAAGGACAUGUGCAUCAACUGCGGGAAGUGCUACAUGGUCUGCAAUGACUCGGGCUACCAGGCUAUCGAGCUAGACCGGAAGACGCACCUGCCGCUGGUCAACAGCGACUGCACCGGCUGCACCCUCUGCGUCUCCGUCUGCCCCAUCAUCGACUGCAUCAAGAUGGUGCAGAGGGACACGCCUUAUGAGCCCAAGCGAGGCAUGCCCGUGUCGGCAUGAAGCGACUUGGAUACAGCUUACACUGCGGGAACACAGGUUACGCUCCUUAAGAGAUUUGGACAGAUGGCGCGACCAAUGGGAAGUUCGGGGCAGUGAAGCCAGCUGGUCAGCCGCCGAGAAACAGCGACAAACCGCACGAUCCCUAUUCGCUGGUGACGUCAGGGGAUCGCUGGUGACGUCAUAUGAUCGCUGGUGACGUCAGGUGAUCGCUGAUGACGGCAGGUGGUUGCUGAUCAUGCACCGGGUGAUGGAUACCAUUUAUGCAUGAGGUUGUGGGUGUCGGUGCGGUGCAAUAUACACUCUAGGUGAUGGAA